CCAUCAAUGCCUGUGAGAAGAAUCCGAAGGACGGACAUGAGUGUUUGGUCGGAAAGCAUCCCGUAGCGCUGAUCAUCGCAUCACGUCACAUCGCAUCCCGAUCAUAUCAGGAAGCAAUCCAUGGAACCAAACACUCCGAGGGACAUUUCCUCCCAACCCAAUCUUAAAACAAGAAAAAACCCCAACACCACGAAAUCAUCUAUCUACGCCUUCUUCCUCCGCUUCUUCUCCGCCGGCGUCCCCGACGCCGCCGCCGCCGCCUGCAAUUGCUCCUCCUCCGCCCCUUUACUCUUCCGCGUCUUCUUCUUCCGCGGCUCCUCCUUCUCCACCGCCGGCUUAUCCGCCGCCUUCCGCUUCUUCUUCUCACUGCCGGGGGUCGCCGCCGCCGUGGGGAGAGGGACCGCUGACACCUUCACGCCGGGGGUGGCGACGAGCGGGGUGGGGGCGGACACUUUGGCUGCGCGGCCCUUGCCGCGGCCGGUCUUGGGGGGCGGGGCGGGGGCUUCAUCUUCGGAGGCUUCGGAGGCUUCAUCAGUGGCUUCCGCAAUGGCGGUGGCGGCAGUAGCGUCUUCAUCGUCGUCGGCUUCCGCGUCGGCUUCGUCGGCGUCGGGGGCGACGACGCUGGGGAUUUCGUCGAUGGGAUUGCCGAUGGAUGCGUUGUAUUCGCGGAGGUCGGCGACGUAUUUCUCCCAAUUUUGACGGUACAUUGCCUUCCAGCCCUGAAAAAUAGUUAGCAAGAGAACAUGGAUGAACUGCAUGAUCGACGGAUGGAUUGGGGGGAUUAAGAACGUACAUCCUUCUCCGACUCAGGCAGGAUACGCCAGCGUCGCAAUGCCU